AUGGAAACAGGUGUAUAUUUAAAUCACACUCCAACUUACAUAAACAAUGUAAAAAUAGAAAAUAUAAUAAAAGUCCUUAAAGAAGGCGAAAAAAUAAAAUACACGAAACAAGGAAACGUUGUGCUCUUCUUAGGAAAUUCAGGUUCUGGCAAAACUACUUCUGUCCAAUUCAUAGCUGGAAAUAACAAUGAUUUAAUAUCCCAAGAAGUUCGAGAAGAUACAGGUGAGUUCAUAAUCAUCGACAAAAAUAACAAGAUCAGUUAUAAUUCUACAAUAAGUUCAAAAACUACUUAUCCUGAAAUGUUAAUAAAUACGAAUACAGUGUUUUAUGAUUGUCCUGGAUUUAGCGAUACAAGAAGUCCAGCUUACGACAUAUCAGCGACUUAUUUCACCAAAAAAUUAAUUGACUCUUCAAAUUCAUUGAAAUUGAUUUUUGUUAUUAGCUACCCAUCAGUGCGUCAAGGUGUAGAUCGACACGAUUUUAUGCUUUUAGUAAGACAUGCCACAACAAUGAUAAAUAAUAUUGACAAAUUUCAAGACAAUAUUGCGCUUUUAGUAACCAAAGUCGACAAUGAUUACAUAAAGAAAAAAGGAAAAUUUUUACUAGUACCCGAUUUCCAAAUUAUUAACAAAAUAGCAGAUUUUUUAAAGUUAGCUAGAGACGAACUUAAAACUAAAGUAGAUUCAACAGAAAAUUAUAAGGAAUUCCACAAAAAAGCAAUUACAUUCAUUGAUAUAUUAUUAACCAAACAAGGAGAUACUUAUAGUAAAAUUGGCAUCUUUAGAAGGCCUGAUGAGUCAGGUCCUUUGUCACAAAUUCAGCUUCUUCAAAAAGAAAGAAUAUUCAUAACUGAAUUAAUAGAAAAUAACCUAAAUUUUGUUUCACAUGUUGAAUCAGAUUUUAGUUACACUAUAUCUGCAGAAUCAAAAAAUUAUGUCCACGACUUAAUUGAUGAGAUAAAUAAAGCGAUUAAUAUCAAGUUUAAAAAUAUUGGUAAAAGCAUUAAAAAUUAUUAUAUUAAUUUAGAAAAUAGGAUUUCAGAUCUUAAUGAACUGCAUAACAAAUUUCAAACGGCAGAUAAUGAUUUUUCUGAAAUAAAGAAUACAAAUCAAUUCAAGAAACCAUAUGAUGCCGUUCAAACUAUUUACAAAUACACUAAUAGAUCUGGCAUUUCAGUGGCAAAUGAAGAUUUAUUGAAUGUUCUUAAUUUUAAUAAAUAUCUUAAUUUUCUAGAAACUGUAAGUAGUAGUAACGAAUCUGAAAAUAAUGCUCUGAUUUGGACAGAAGGCUUCAAAGAAGUUAUAGACUUUAUUGGAAAGAAGAAAACUUUGUACAAUUUUUUAAUAGACCUUUAUAACAGAUUAUCUGAAUAUGACAUACAGAAAAAUAUUAAGAAUUAUGAUAUUGUUAACUUAAAAGCCCAAAUUACGCUAUUAAAACAACAACCACGAAAACAAAAAUUUAUUACUGAUUUACCAUAUUUAAAAAAAUUGCUAGAGAAAGUGAUCAAUUCAAACGACCACCUAGAAUAUAAUAAUAUUAAAGAUGUAUCUAUUAAUGAUAGGGCCCUUGAUUUUUUGACUAGAGUUUUAGACGAAACUUUAAAUUUUAAUCUAACUAUAUCCAAACCAAUGUCUCAUAGAUUAGUUAUCAAGGGAAAUUUUGUAAAACUUAGUGACGUAAUCAGUUUGGCAUCUUCAAGUUCUAUUAAAUUCAUAGAUAUAAUGGCUUUAAAUAUAAUUUUUAUAGACGCUAGUUUAGACAAAUCUGGAACUAUUAUUCAGCUUUCCAUAAUAGCCCCUAAAUGGGAAAUUAUCGGAAGUCAACAGUUAAUUUUAGAUGGAAAAUCAGGAGAGUUUCACUAUCCACAGCAAGCUUCAAAUGGUUAUGAUGGAGAUGCCGGGUAUCCAGGUGGCUCAGCAGGAUGCUUUUUUGGCUUAGGACAAACAUUUAUUAACAGUCAAUACUUGUCGAUUUCUAUUGUUGGAGGGAGCGGUGGUCCUGGGCAAAAUGGAGGUAACGGUUUAGAUGGUAGAAAUGGAGAAGACCCACCACUUCAAGAAGAUGAUGAACGUGACCCUUGGGAUAAAGGAAAUUUUACUUAUUCUGCUGGGUAUACGUUAACUAUAAUGAGAAAAUUUUUCUUUUUUUCCAAGGAAUAUGAACAUGAAUCUAGAUAUGUGGUCUAUGGAAAAAAUGGUACAGAUGGAGGUAAUGGUUGUAACGGGGGUGUAGGAGGUAAAGGAGGUAAUAUGGGAAAACUAUUUAUAAUUAACUUAAACGAUAAAGAUAAAUCACAGAUUUUAACCAAAGCUCUAGAUGGAAUUCCAGGAAGCCCUGGUUCCGGAGGUCAACCUGGUAAACCUGGUAAAAAUGGUAAAAAAAUUAAGGUGUACUACCAUCGAUAUUGGACAAAUAAGGACGAUUAUACAGUUCGGCAUGAUAUUCAUUAUGAGGAAGAUUAUCUAAGUCCGAGAACUACCGGGGUAAUAGGAAAAUAUGGUACUAGUUUCAAAAAUUAUCAAUAUCCGAAAGAGGUCAAUUUUGAUGACCUACCUCAAAUCAUUAACAGUUAUAAAAAUUACAUACGGGAUAAUUUGGAUAAGAAUACACAAAACUUAGUUUUGCGAUACUUUUUUAAUCGUAUUGAGAACAAUGAGCAUGUUUCUUCUUUAUAUGAUACAAAGAGUUUUUAUGACGAAUUUAUUAAUUUUGAAAAACAAAUUAUUUUAUUUCAAGACCCAUCUGAAAUGCUACCGUAUUAUCAAUCGUUAUUGAAUAGAAUUAUUAAGUAUGCUGAACAUCCGAAAACUUCCGAAAAUUUAUUAGAAUAUAAAAAAGUGCUGGCAUAUUUAAAUACUGCCGUUGUAGCUAGAAUCUACAAUGUGGACAAAAAAAUCGAUCCUACAUUAGUUUUAGAUAUGAACAGCUACAUGAGUGAAAUAUCAAAUAAUAUUAAAAAACUUCAAAAUACGAAAAACAUUUCUUUAAGUUUGGAUUUCUACAGUAAAGAUCAAGAUGAAAUAAAAGUUAAAAUAAAUAAAGUUAAAGUUUCUUUGGAUACAGAAAUUAAUACCGAUAUUAAAAAUAUUAUAACUAUAACAGAUAACGGAUUAGAACUUCUACUAAACACUACACAAAGAGGAGAUGAAAACAUAUUGAUUCUCGAUGACGAAAAUGUAGAUAGCAUGUUAUCUGAAGAAGAAAAUGGACAUGAACUAAACGAAAUCAUAAUUUCAAAAGCAGAUAAAACUGUAAGUACAUUUUUAGUUUUAAAUGAAUCCAAAAUAAAUGAUAUUGAAAAAAUUCAAUUGGUUCAAGAUUUAAUACUUAAAAUUAAACAAUUAUCUAAUAAGUCAAUAUUUAAAAAACAUUUAAAUACCGACGAAUUAUUGAAGUUUUUCGAUGAAAAGAAUUUAAAUUUGUUAGAGGAUAAUUUCGUUAAAAAAAUACAAAAUCUAACAAGUAAUGCUGACAUAUCUAUAAAGGAUUUGUUAAUUGAAGUAGAAAACCAGAGAAAAAUUGAUGCAACAAAAGAGAAUAGCUCAUCAAAAUAUGAAAUAUUUAAUUUAAUCGAAAAUAUUUUGAUAAUCGAUGAUAUUUCUUUCGAUAUUUUCGAUAAGAUCAAAUACAAUUUUGCUAAAAUUGAAAGAUUGGUUGAAAUUAUUAAAAAGAAUAAAGAACAAAUUCAUAAAAUACAACUGUUUAAACAAAACAUAUUUAAGACGGUAACUUUAACAUGCCAAAGCAUUUUGAAUCUAUUACAAAAUAAAAUUCAUGCAUUUAUUGAUUUCAAAGAAUCUAAUAUACAAGACAAUUUAAAUAAUAUUAGAAUUGAAUUAAGACACAUUAGUAAGGAAGUUAAAAUAAAUGAAAACUUAUAUCGUUCACUUGAGAAAAUAGAAGGAUUGAUUGUUUCAAUAAUUAAUAUAUAUGACAGUUUAGAAACGAAUUUUAACCAAGCAAAACUGAUUGGAAAUAUUAAAAAUAUAAAAUCUACUGAAGCUGGCGUAAUAAUCAUAAACAAUAUUGAAUUGUCAAAUAUUAUAAAUAAACUAGAGCAAGUUAUUAAUAAUAAUUUGAUUUUAGGACAAUACCAAAAACUUCUAAAUGCAUAUAGCCAACGAAUAUUUCCUUUUGGAUUCAAUGUUAACGAGUUGUUGAAAUCCGAUUAUACAGAACAAAACUAUCAAAGUGAAAUCGAAAAAGCAAUUGCAUUAUUAGGUUUAAAAUUUUCAAACAAAAUUUCAGUUUCUCAAUUUGACAGUCACAUUCAUAAUAACGUCGAAUUUAAUAGUAAAUAUGUCGAAACAACCCCAUUUUUUGUUUGGGAAUAUGAUACAAUUAAAGAAGCCAUUGGUAAGCUUCUAACAGGAGAUGAAAUUAGAGUAAGAGCAGAUAUUACUAAAGGUGUUGAUAAAUAUGCUGUUAAAUACAACAAAAUAGGAAUAAACAUUAAAUUGGAAAAUCAAACACUUCAAAAUGAGCUAAAUUCAACGUUGCAAAAUUAUGGAAUUUCUCUAACGCAUCACGGUGAUUCUAACUACAAAUAUGGAAGGAAUAUUUACACUAUAUUGAGUGAUAAAAACACUAUUUAUUAUACUCUUGAAACGAAAUCUAACGGUGAACCUGUUGAUAAGAAUAAAGUUUACGAUUUCAUAAAAAAUAAUGAUUGUAUGCUAAGCCCUUAUGCUACGUGGAGCAUUAAAUUUACUAACGUAAACAAUAGCUUUAAUUCUUUAAGUAAAUUUAGAAAUGAAACUUUACAAAUCGAGUUAGAAGGUCAGGGACAAUACAUCGCUCCAGAUAUUGAAUUUAGUAGUGAUCAUAAUAUAAAACAAUAUUACAAAUAUGAUGAAUGUUUAUCUGAAAUUGACAAUAAUGAAGAAGAUAUUGAUAAAAUAUUAAACGAUUUAAAAAGUAGGAAUGCAACUAUUGCCCGGCAACGACGUGCUUUGAUUGAAGAAUCUAAUUCUUCAUUUAUAGAUAGUAUUUUUACAUUCAUAAAAAAUUAUUUGACACCACUGAAAAAAUUAAACAUUUUAAAUAAACCAACAUUUGAAAUGAAUGAAAUAUUUGAUAAAAAGAAAGAAAUAAAUGAAAAUAAAAAUAUAUUAAAUUCAAAAUUAACCGAUGAGCCAGUAACUUCAAAUCGAUGUCAACUUUCUGGUAAAGAAAAUUCCAAUAUUGGUGCUAACAAAGUUGAUUUUGGAUGGUUGGAUGUUCAGAGUACUAAAACUUAUUUUUAUAGAUUUAUAUAAUAUCGAAACUUUUGUUUUUUUUUCUGUUUCUGUUAUUAACAUUGCAAAAUAGUAUCACAAAUGUAAAUGCUGCAUUUUAACUGGCGAAAAUGGUAAAUAGUUGUGAGUUCCACCAUCAAACAAACUGUAUAUAUGUACCAAGUGAUUCAAGAGCUGUAUCCACUGCUACCUUAUUAGUUGGAAUUUUGAAAAAGUAUAAAAGCAACGUAGCCGAUUUAAGAAAUUUAACUAAAAAUAACAAAGUUAAAAAUAAUGGUUACAUAUCUUUCCAAAAACGUGUUUGUAGAUCGAAGAAGGAGAUUCUAGAGAUUGCUCAUAAUUCUAAAUACACCAAAAAGAAGAUAUAAACUAAUAAUUAAAAUUAAGAUCAUUAUUGAAGCUACAGCUAUCUAAAAUACUAUUAGAAACAAUUAUAUCCUAUAUGAUGGAAACAUUGUCAUAUUUGCUUAUAAGGCAACAAAGACAUGGUUAUGAGGAAUUGAAUCAUCUCGCACAGUUUCUAUUUUUCUACUUAUCAAGAUAUUUGGAUAUUACGUUUCAUUGCGUAACUUGGAACUAAUUUUAUUUUGUUAAUAGUGACUCGUAAAAACUAAAUAUUAUUCCUUCCAUUAGCCAGUGUGAACAAUCGCGAUACAUAAAAAUGUCGGAUAUUUACAUAAACAUAAAUAAAUAUCAUUGUAUCUUGGCAAGUUUUUAAUUUUAAAUUUAAUACAAAAUUAAAUAUGCAGUCAUAAUUUAAAUUAUUAACUACUUGUUUUUGAUAUACAUUUUUCAAUAAUCAAAAUGGCCUAAAAAAUAACAUAAUUUUUAUAACAUAUUUUGUUUUUGUAUUUGUAAAUUAGAUAUUAGUCUUACACUUUACGGUUCUUAGAAUUAAGUAAAUAAGUAAGUUAGAUAUUACUUAA